AUGAAGGUGUCUUUGAUCCUUCUCGGUAAGUUAAACUUAUUUUUGGGUAUGUUCUGAUUUUUAGGUGUAAUUUGCGCCAGUGUUACCGCGUUAUAUGAGAAAAGGGAUGAAGUGAUACAGUUGAACGAUGGUAACUUCAAGAAAGAAGUUUUGGAUUAUGAUGGUGUUGUGUUGGUCGAGUUCUUCGCUCCAUGGUAAGUUCUUUUUAUUUGUUUAGGUAAAUAUAGGGUACUGUAAAGUCAAGUUUAAUGUAAAUAAGAGUAAACUUAGGCAACGUAAAUUUAAUAUCUUUAUUUAAACAUAUGUGUUCAGGUGUGGACAUUGUAAAAACUUGGUGCCAGAAUACAAAAAAGCUGCCAAAGCUUUGAAAGGAUUGGCCAAAGUUGCUGCCGUUGAUGCUACACAAGCUCAAGGGUUGGCUUCUCAAUAUGGAGUUCAAGGAUACCCAACCAUCAAAGUGUUUGGAGCUGAUAAGAAGAAGCCUACCGAUCAUAAUGGUAAGAGUAAUAUUAGUGUUUCAAUUAUUUUUUAGGUGCACGAACUGCUCAAGCUUUCACCGACAGUGCCUUAAACGAGAUCAGGAAGAUUGCCAACAAGAGGUUAGGUGGUAAAUCAACAUCUUCUGGAGGUUCCAAAUCCGGCGGAAGUAAAGGAGGGAACGCCGUAGUUGAGCUGACCGAUGCCAACUUCGACAAGAUUGUAUUGAACAGCAAAGUGGGUGUUAUGGUAGAGUUCUUCGCUCCAUGGUGUGGUCAUUGCAAGAACCUGGAACCUCAUUACAAGGCUGCUGCUGCCGAAUUGAAGGGCAAGAUCACUUUUGCUGCUUUGGACGCCACCGUACACCAAGGAAAGGCUUCUGAAUACCAGAUCAAGGGAUUCCCAACGAUCAAGUACUUCCCUCCAGGAUCUUCUUCUGCUUCUGAUGCUGUCGACUACCAAGGUGGAAGAACGUCGUCUGAUUUAAUCGCUUUUGCUUCUGCUCAAGCUGCUGAGAAUCUACCUCCACCAGAAUUGAAACAACUAGUCUCUAAGGAAUCGUUCGCGGAAGCUUGCGAGAACAAACAACUUUGUGUGAUUACUUUCCUACCUCAACUGUUGGACUGCCAGUCUAAGUGCCGUAAAGACUACAUCAAGUUGUUGAAGGGAUUGGCCGACAAGUUCAAGAAGAACCCAUGGGGAUGGUUGUGGUCGGAAGCCGGAGUUCAAGGUGAUAUCGAACAAUCAGUUGAUGUUGGAGGCUUCGGAUACCCAGCUAUGGUGGCUGUCAACCCAAGAAAACUGAAGUACAGUACUUUGACUGGAUCAUUUGGAAAAGAUGGAAUCAGCGAGUUCUUAAGAGAUCUCUCGUUCGGACGAGGAAAAACUUCAUCAAUCAGAGGAUCAGCCCUUCCAGAUGCCCAAACUAUUCAAGCUUGGGAUGGUAAAGACGCCGAACUGCCACAAGAAGAAGAAAUUGAUCUUUCUGAUGUGGAAUUGGACGAUUUGGAUGAAAAGACAAAGACUGAACUGUGA